GUGAGCCGCAGUCUCUGGAGCGCUAAGGUGUUGCGGUCGCCUGUGACCAGCCUCGCCCCCAAACCCGGUGUUGUUGGGCUGCAUCCGGAGCGGGGACGUUGGCGGAGCACCGGACGCGGCCACCAUGCCGCUCAAUAAGUCGGAGAAGGCGGAAAGCUGCGAUACCGUGAAGGUUGUAGUUAGGUGCCGGCCUCUCAAUGACAGAGAGAAGUCAAUGUGCUAUCGACAAGCCGUCAGCGUGGAUGAAAUGAGGGGAACUAUCACCGUCCAUAAGACCGAUUCCCCCAACGAACCUCCGAAGACAUUUACUUUCGAUACUGUUUUUGGACCAGAAAGUAAACAACUUGAUGUGUACAACUUAACUGCAAGACCAAUUAUUGAUUCUGUUCUGGAAGGCUACAAUGGGACCAUCUUUGCAUAUGGACAGACUGGGACAGGCAAGACUUUCACCAUGGAAGGCGUUCGCGCAGUGCCGGGGCUCAGAGGGGUCAUCCCCAACUCAUUUGCUCACAUUUUUGGUCACAUCGCAAAAGCAGAGGGAGACACAAGGUUUUUGGUUCGAGUGUCAUACUUGGAAAUAUAUAAUGAAGAAGUUCGAGACCUUUUGGGUAAAGAUCAGACCCAGAGGUUAGAGGUUAAAGAAAGGCCUGAUGUGGGAGUAUAUAUCAAAGAUUUAUCAGCAUAUGUAGUCAACAACGCUGACGACAUGGAUAGAAUCAUGACUCUAGGCCACAAAAACCGUUCUGUUGGUGCGACUAAUAUGAACGAGCACAGUUCCCGAUCCCACGCCAUCUUUACAAUUACUAUAGAGUGCAGCGAGAAAGGCGUGGACGGGAACAUGCACGUCAGGAUGGGGAAGCUCCACCUUGUGGAUCUUGCUGGGUCAGAAAGACAAGCAAAAACUGGAGCCACAGGUCAGCGCCUCAAGGAAGCUACCAAAAUCAACCUCUCACUGUCUACCCUGGGCAAUGUGAUUUCUGCCUUGGUGGAUGGAAAAAGCACUCACGUGCCAUAUCGGAACUCCAAACUGACCCGUCUCCUGCAGGAUUCCUUAGGAGGGAACUCAAAAACCAUGAUGUGUGCAAAUAUUGGGCCAGCAGAUUAUAAUUAUGAUGAAACUAUCAGUACCUUGCGGUAUGCCAACCGCGCCAAGAACAUUAAAAACAAAGCAAGAAUUAAUGAAGACCCAAAGGAUGCUCUGCUUCGCCAGUUUCAGAAAGAAAUAGAAGAGCUGAAGAAAAAGCUUGAGGAAGGGGAAGAAGUGUCAGGCUCUGACAUCAGUGGGUCAGAGGAAGAUGACGAGGAGGGUGAACUUGGAGAAGAUGGAGAAAAAAGGAAAAAGAGAAGGGGCAGUAGCAGCAGCAGUAGCUCAGACUCCACAUGUUCUGUCAUAGAGAAGCCCCUGGAUGAGUUCUUGCCUCACCAAGCAGGUAAAAAGAAAGUUUCCCCAGAUAAGAUGGUGGAAAUGCAAGCGAAAAUUGAUGAGGAGAGAAAAGCACUGGAAACCAAACUUGACAUGGAAGAAGAAGAAAGAAACAAGGCUCGGGCUGAACUAGAGAGACGGGAGAAGGACCUUCUGAAGGCCCAACAAGAGCAUCAGUCUUUGCUGGAAAAACUGUCUGCUUUGGAAAAGAAGGUCAUUGUCGGCGGUGUGGACUUGUUGGCCAAAGCUGAGGAGCAAGAGAAGCUUCUUGAGGAAUCCAAUAUGGAGCUGGAGGAGCGGAGGAGAAGAGCUGAGCAACUUCGGAAAGAACUGGAGGAAAAAGAGCAAGAACGCUUGGAUAUCGAGGAAAAAUAUACCAGUCUGCAAGAGGAGGCACAAGGAAAGACCAAGAAAUUAAAGAAAGUCUGGACCAUGCUGAUGGCUGCAAAGUCAGAGAUGGCUGAUCUGCAGCAGGAGCAUCAGAGGGAGAUCGAAGGCCUCCUGGAGAACAUUCGGCAGCUCAGCCGUGAGCUUCGGCUUCAGAUGCUUAUCAUUGAUAACUUCAUACCUCAGGAUUACCAGGAAAUGAUUGAAAACUACGUCCACUGGAAUGAAGACAUAGGAGAAUGGCAGCUAAAAUGUGUGGCCUACACAGGAAAUAACAUGAGGAAACAAACUCCAGUCCCUGACAAGAAGGAGAGAGACCCGUUUGAAGUAGACCUUUCCCAUGUGUACCUCGCCUAUACAGAGGAGAGUCUGCGUCAGUCUCUGAUGAAGUUAGAAAGGCCACGGACCUCCAAGGGGAAAGCAAGGCCAAAGACGGGGCGAAGAAAGCGUUCUGCAAAGCCUGAGACCGUAAUUGAUUCUUUACUUCAGUAAAUGUUACAGAAUUAAAGUUACAAUAAUAAAAAGAGUGAUAUCUCAUGCCUGGAGAGAACUCCUUAAUUAAGACACGAGGACAACUAUACGGUUCACAUAAUGGAAGCUGUAAAGCAUGGAGAGAGACUGGAAAUAGCAAUUUUCCUAAUAUCUUUUAGACUCUUAAGUUUCUGUAACAUGUAAGUGCGCCACAGCUCAUGGUCAUUGGGCAUGGCGCACUGUGUCUGUCACACUGCUCUGCAAGAAGUAAGGGCACCGUGGUUGUAUGUGAAUGUGUGUUUCUUAGCUAUGUGGAUCUAGACAAGCAGAAUCUCAGACUAGAACCAAGUCUGUCUUGUUUGCACACAGCAUAUAGCAGAUCACCUUGUCCUGUGUCCUGUGCCAGUCUGGGCUACCCAUCUAAGCAGUGACUUGAUUCUACACCUGCCUGGCCUGUCUAAAUGCAGUCCAACUUUACAUUCAUACUGACUGCAUCUAAGUGUGUAAUGACUGCCUUGAUUGAUCUCCUGUGGGAAACUGUAAAAUCUGACAGCUCUGCAGGUAUACAUUCUAAAGAUGCAGUUUGAAUGCGUGCUCGCCUGUGCACCCUCCACUUCUGUUGCUCUGACUCCACACUCAGCCGUUGUUUCUAAGUUGGCUCCCCACUUCUCCUGAAGCCAGCAUUAGCCACUUACCCUUGUUCACACACACAUUCUAAAACAUUCCCUGGACAUACAGCUUACAAACACUCCCUCGUCUGAAUUUUAAGUUUGAUGGAAAUAACUAUAAAAAAUGAGACCAGUCUCAUUUUUCAGAAAAUGAAGCAAAGUAAAAAAAAAAAUCUUUUAAUUUUCUUUAUUUUAUAUAUAAAUUUUAUAUAUAAAAAUACUCUUCUGGAUUUCUUAUAUUGAUUAAUCCAGUUAGAUGGUAUUCCUCUACACAAAAAAAGUUAUACUCAUUGUAUAGUAAGAUAAGUUGUAGUAAAUAGGAAAGUUUUGGUUUUGUUGUUUACUUAUGUAAUUUUUUUGAAGGUCGUAUGCUUUCUAAACCCAAGUUUGAAAUUAUACAAUCAACGCUGAGCUAUUGAUUGCAAAAGUUUGGAGACUUCCCAAGUGAGGAUAAAUUAGAUUGCUCUGAUUUUAACAAGUUUGGAUAAAUACUGACUUACCACUACAUUGCUCUGUGUGGCCAUGGAUGGCUGAUCAGAGGGGCAGCCCUGGCGAGAGGUGGAAAACAUGGCGGGACAGUUUUAGGCUCUCCUCAGUUGGAGCCCUGAGUAUCUUAGAUGUGCAGGGUGCCGGUGUUAGCAUGGUCAUGUGGCAGCAUCUUCAAGAUCGUGAGUGUAGCCUGCUGUGACUUGAACUGUGUGUGUGUGUAUGUGUGUGUGUGUGUGUGUCUUGCAAAGGCUCAUGUGAGCUAAGCAUUUUGGUGACGUCAAAUUUCGCAAUGAUGUAAAUUUAACUGUUAGUAAUUAGAAGAAUCUAUAUGCCUUUAUUUUAAAAGUCCAUGUUUCUAUCAUUUAACAGUUCAGUUGGCCUAGAAGGAAUAUCUGCUAUAAAUUAAGCUAAAACAUGAGAGAAAUUAAAUUUAGUUAAAGCCUAUCACAGUAACAAAAGUAUCUCCAUAAAACUAACAAUAUUAGAAACUUCUCUAAGCAUCUUGACUUAGUAAUUUUAUUUGCUUGCUUGUUUUUUUGAGACAGGGUCUCUGUGUUGGCCCAGGCUGGCCUGGGACUCGUCGUAACCCUUCUGCCUCGGCCUCCCAGUGCUGAGAAUGCAGAUGCAUGUUAUCAUACCAAGCCAUAUGUUUAUUAAAGCGUUGAUGUUAAAACUCUAAUCAGGUGGACAUUGUUCAUUUUCUGAAAACCAAAUUCGAUUCUCUCCAUGUGGGGAGGUCUGUUGAAGAAGGUAGGACGCCCACGUCUGCCACAGCCGUGCUGUGGCUGCUUCUCAUGGACUCUGUCUUCAUCUGCAAAUGGAAUCAUUUGUAUUUUCAGUGUUAAUUCCAUGAAUGGAUAGAGAUGUAGAACAAACUUGCUUAAUGUUUAAAAUAAAUGUACAGAUUUAAAUGAGUGGAACAGAUCUAUAAAUAGGCUAUUGAUGCAUAUCCCUUUUUCUUUGAUUUAAAAGGUAGUAUUUAUUUAUUUGACGGUCACUGUGUAGUGUGUUAUGGCUGGCUCUGCAUUACAUACCCUGACAGUCAGGCUCUUCCACUCUGUCCGCUCUGCGAUCUUCAGGCUUGGCUGAAAGGAAGGCUCUGCAGCCUCUGGUAAGCAGGCUCAUUCAUAUUCUGGAAAAGGUGAUUUUCAAAUUUAUGGUUUUGGCAGCCAGAACAUCAGGGUUAGUUUGGAAGGAGAGGGGAAAGUGUUACUUCAUCUGCAACAAGUUUUAAAGUGAUAAUUAUAGUUUCAGCGGUUUUAUUUCCAUUUUAAGUUUAUGUGGCCCAUCCCCCUUUUCUCUUUGAACUCUUAACACAAGGACCACCUUUUUUCCUUGUAGAGCUGUGAAUUAAGGGAUGGGCGGGGUUUACAUUUACACACACCCGUGUCUGCCCAGUUUCUCCUUUCCCUCUCUUCCAUUUUGCAAUAGAGUCCAUUGUAGUCCAGGCUGGCCACAAACCCUCGGUUGGCCUUUAAGCUCCUUAUCCUACCUCCACCUAACAAUUGCUGGGAUCAUACUUGGGCACCAACCACCACACCAAGCUGCUCCUCCACCCCUUCUUAACACAUAUAAUCAUUUUUCUGUCUUCCUUUUUCUUAAACUACUAGAACCCAUAGUUCUUCCUAGUGCCUUUGAGCUGACCCUGCAGUCUGACUUAAUUAGAAUCAGUCAAACUCUGAGUAGCAUUACUGUAAUGCUGUUACCGACCAGGAAACAAACUGUACAGAAAAUUGGCUGUGUUAAUUCAAAAUCCACACUUGAGCUGUAUUUAAUGUAUAAAUUGUACUUGUCCAAGCUGUAUAUAUCAAUGUUGUGUGUACAUGCAGCACAGUAAGAUGAGAAAUAAAUGCCUCCCC